AUGGUCCCCACACGAACUAUCGCGUUCUGCGAUUUAGUCACGAAUCUGCUACAACAACUUCUCGAUACACGCGCAGGCACUCGUCUUAUAUUCUGCGGCACCAGAGCUGAAUUUCUCGUACAGCUCUCUGCAGCUAUCCACGCGCAAGAUGCUGGUUCUGGAGAUGGGCAACGCCAUAGUCUACUUACGAAAAGCAUCGGAUUACUAGCCAACUCAAGCAAGGUUCGAAUAGCAUUCUGUCCGUCACUAGAGAGCCUGCGCGCAUAUAUGGCGGUCUUGGGCCCAGAUAAUGAUGCUGCACUUGCAGCUGAUGACCCGGAGAGACCACAGGUACUCGCUAUUGCCAAUCUCGUGGCUUUACACACUACAACUACCGAGUUCUCUGCGCAAGGACUAUCAAGAACCUUUGCUGCGGCUGUCGAAACGGCAUCUCGGACUGGGAUGGACCUUUUGCUCUGCGAAUGCACCAACGCAUCCAUGCCCUCGAGUACAGAUUGGGGGCCAGGGUUAUGGGACACACAGAUCCCUUUGCUAAAUGGCUCGGUGCGACUACGUGGUGAAGAGGGGGCCUGGGGAGGACGUGGUGUGCCAGUCAAGCAUGUCGCCGAACGCUGGUUCGAAUUUAAUAGACCAGAAGUCUGA